UUCAAGCCAAUCUUUUGUUUGUUUUUUUAAUUUUAUUUCUCUUUCUAUAAUCUUUGAUGCUGAUAGUUUCGCCAUUAAAAGCUCUCACGGUUGUGUCCCACGAGAAACCGGUAGUCUUCUCUCACGAAAAAGCUAUCGUCGCCAACCCAAAAGCCUUCCUUUUUUCUUGUUAUAUUAACCACUCUGACUCCACUCUUCUUUGCUUCACUGCAAACCUCGGUCUCUCUUUUUCCAAUGGGAAAACAAGGAAGAAUGAGAGUGGCUUCUUAUACUCUGUUUUUAGUUGUUCUGCUUCAAUGUAGAUUCUUGGCUUUUGCAAUUUUAGACCCACUUGAUUUUUUAGCUUUACAAUCCAUUCGAAAGUCUCUCGCUGACUUGCCAGGCUCCAAUUUUUUUGCUUCCUGGGACUUUACCUCCGAUCCUUGUAACUUCGCCGGAGUUUACUGCGAGGCAGAUAAAGUAAUAGCUCUCAAUCUGGGUGACCCGCGUGCUGGUUCGCCUGGUUUAACGGGAAGGAUAGACCCGGCUAUUGGCAAGCUAUCUGCUCUCGCCGAGUUAUCAAUUGUUCCGGGUCGGAUCUAUGGGUCGUUGCCGCAGUCAGUCUCGCAAUUGAAAGACCUUCGGUUUCUCGCGAUCAGCCGGAAUUUCAUCUCCGGGGAUGUUCCGGCGACUCUCGGCCAAUUGAGAAGGCUUAAAACGCUUGAUCUCAGCUACAAUCAGCUGACCGGAAAAAUCUCUCCCUCCAUUGGAACCUUGCCUGAGCUCACCAAUGUCAUUCUCUGCCAUAACCACCUCUCCGGUUCGGUCCCUCCGUUUCUCUCCCGAACCUUAACCCGGUUCGACCUUAAACACAAUGCUCUCUCCGGCUCGCUCGCUCCAGACUCCCUCCCUCCUUCUCUCCAGUCCCUCUCUCUCUCCUGGAACCAGCUAACUGGACCGGUAGACAGGCUUCUAUCCCGGCUCGACCAGUUAAACUACCUAGACUUGAGUUUGAACCAGUUCACCGGUCCCGUCCCUGGACGGCUGUUCUCAUUUCCUAUCACAAACCUUCAGUUAGAAAGAAACUUGUUUACGGGUCCAGUCCAACCGGCUGAUCAAGUGACAAUCUCGACCGUUGAUCUGAGCCACAACAGGCUGUCGGGUCAGAUAUCACCAAUGUUAUCGACCGUACAGAACCUGUACUUGAAUAACAACCAGUUCACUGGUCAGGUCCCAGCCUGCUUCGUGGACAGGUUAUUAUCCGCCAGCAUACAAAUACUUUAUUUGCAGCAUAAUUAUUUGACCGGGAUCGAGAUUAAUCCGACGGCCGAGAUUCCUCUAAGCAGUUCGCUGUGUCUACAGUAUAAUUGCAUGGUUCCGCCCGUACAGACGCCGUGCCCAUUGAAGGCUGGAAAAGAGAAGACCAGGCCUACUGCCCAGUGUAACGAAUGGAAAGGGUAGAUUAGUAAUUUUAUGGCCUUGUGAGGGGCAGUUUGGAAAAAAAAAAUAUUUAUACAAAAACUGGAAUUUGUCCAUUCAUUUGUUUAUUUGUGUGGUUGAUAUCUUGAGGGUAAAUGAGGAAAUAAGAGUGUUUGCUGAUACUCUAGAGAAAUUGUAAUGUGUAACUCUUUACUAUUUUGUGGAUUAUGAUGUUCCUAAUGACCAUAAUAUAUUUAUUUUUGGGAUAAGAACUGUUAGGGAUGGUUGUAAUGUAAAUAGGGUGUAUGCCAUUAGUAGCACUUUUUCUUGGCUGCCAAAAAGUUUUCAUGUACUUCAUAUUCCUUCUGAA